AUGACUAUCAAUAAUAGCAACAUUCAAACAGACCUACCCAAUUCGGAAAAUUGUGAUUUAAAAAAUGAAACAUUAAACAUUUAUUUUAAUGAACCAAUACCAAUAAUCAAACAUUGUACCAAUAAAGAUACACCAACAAAUAUUAAUAAUAAUAAUAAUAAUAAUAAUAAUAAUAAUAAUAAUAAUAAUAUUAAUAAUAAUAAUAAUAAUAAUAAUAAUAAUAAUAAUAAUAAUAAUAAUAAUAAUAAUAAUAAUAAUAAUAAUAAUAAUAAUAAUAAUAAUAAUAAUAUUAAUAAUAAUAAUAAUAAUAAUAAUAUUAAUUUUAGUUGUAAUCAUAUUUUACCACAGAGUGCAUUAAAUUCAGGAAUAUGUGCAAAUAGUAAUCCGACUAUAUUUUUAGAUAAAUUUAAAAUUAUUGAUUUAAGACCAAGUGGUAGUGGUGCAAAGAAAGGUCAUGGAUUUCCAACGAUUGCUCCAAUGGAGAUAUCUCAUUUAAUUAAUGAAAAUGAAUUUUCAAAAUUUAUGAAAUCAUUCAAUAGAGUUUUCAAUUACUUUUUUUUAUUAUUAUUUAAUGUUGUUUUUUUAAUUGCUGGUAUUAUUUUCCCAAUUUUCAUUUCAAGAAUUUCAAUAUUAUGGGCAGUUGUUGGUAGUGUUGGUAUUUUUAUUAUUGGUGGAAUUUUUUAUUGUUGUAUUAAUAAAUAUAUUAAUGGAAAAAGAGUAGGUUUUAUUUCUAUAAUAUAA